CCCUCGGUGUAGCACAAGUUGUCAAGGAAGUGGUGGGCGUUCCUCGCUGUUAGUUCGUUGACUGUUGAUGCUGAGAAGAAUUUUCUCCUCCACGUCAAGGUCCACCGAUGUUUCUUCCUACGCUUGUGGAGGACAUGCAUCACUUCAAGCCUAGUCGAGAAAGAUUGUACACCACCAGGUGUUGUGGAUGUUGCCACGUCCGCACGGGAACCAUCAUCCUGGGAACAUGGUACAUGGUAGUGAAUCUAUUGAUGGGCAUCCUGCUGACUGUAGCUGUGACCCACCCAGAGAACGUGCCCACUAUUGACUUGCAGUACGAGGUCAUCGACCAUUACUUUGCCUCCGACAGGAUGUCUGAGAAUGCCUGUGUUGGAUUUGCCAUCUCUCUGCUGAUGCUCACCAUCAGUGCCAUGAUGGUGUAUGGAGCCAUUACUCAUCGUGACGGCUGGCUCAUCCCAUUUUUCUGCUAUCAGCUGUUUGACUUUGCUCUGAGCUGCCUGGUGGCCAUCAGUUCUCUCACCUACCUACCCCGGAUCAAGGACUACCUGGACCAGCUGCCGGAUUUCCCGUACAAGGAUAACCUCCUCUCUCUGGACUCGAGCUGCCUGCUGCUCUUUGUGCUGGUCUUCUUCGCCUUCCUCAUCAUCCUCAAGUCCUACCUGAUCAACUGUGUGUGGAACUGCUACAAGUACAUCAACAACAGGAACAUGCCCGAGAUUGCUGUUUACCCGGCCUUUGAGACCCCUCCCCAGUACAUCCUGCCCACUUAUGAGAUGGCAAUGAAGAUGCCAGAAAAGGAAGCUCCGCCCCCUUACAUGCCUGCUUAAGCACCAGCCCUGUUGCCAAAAAAACAAACACACGCACACAAAUUCACGCAUGCACACACACACACACACACACACACACACACACCACCAUGUGCAUUCCUAUUUUACCUCACUAACCCUUUCUGAACAGCCCACAACUGUGUAUGUGUAAGGCCACUGACAAUGUUUGUCCAACUCUACCCUCUGUAUUUGCACAGAGCGUCUAUAAAGCAUCCCAGAGGUGUGAGCGGAGGAAAGUGGGAGGGACUGAAAUCUGUGUGAAAUAAAUGAAUGAAUGUGAUGUUUGAAAAGCAACGCAAGUUACCAGCCUACCCUCCCAACCCUCUGGCCUUUUUAUGUCUUAGUAAAAAGGAUACAUGUGAAGUUAAACUGCUUGAAAUGCUAUCAUCAAUUCAGCGCCAUCCUAUCUAUAAAUAUAGAUAUAUGAAGUGUAAAAAAAAAAUAUUAUGACAAUCCUCUUAUUCUUAUAGCUCUUAUUGUUGAAUUGUGUUAGUUUCCUCCCCAAUUAUUAAGCGCUAGGCUAUUCCAGUCUUGAAUACAGUCAGUAGCACUUUUCACAGUAUUUAUUUUGCUUUGCUGUGGUUCAGUCCACCGCCACCCUCGACGUUUGUGUCACGGUGUGCUGCUCUCACGUGUUUGCAAAGCCAGUGAAUAGUUCCAGCUGAGACUGAACAACGGACAGAGACUCUGAGACAGACCAGAGGCGUUUGUGAUGGAUCAUCUUCUCUGCUUCUUUUUCGCCCCACAACACGUGGGGUAAUCCGCUAGUUGUGUGUACUUUAGUAGUUGCAUGCUUAUCAACAACCUUUCCAUUACUUUACUGGCUAUAUGAUUUUUACCCUAGUGGAAAUAGAUUUGACUUCAAUAAACCAUUCAGAACAUUUCUAUCUUCAUCCCUUACUCUUUUAUUCAUGCCAAGUACAGUUUGCUGAAGUAGACGUUCUCAUGCUGUCACAAUGAAGAGCAGCAAGUGUUGCAAGUUGCGUCUUGCUGUCAAAACGUUGUGUUUUGAAUUUAGUUUUAAUAAAUCCUGUUUUUUUCCCCCA